AGCUCUAGCUCUUCUAGCACCGCAUUGCGACUCCUACUGCUCCGCGCUCCACGAUAUUCAUAUACAUUUGUUUAUGUAUAUCUGACUGCUCUCCGAGACCGCACCGCUUCGUUCGCAUUCUCGCUAAAGAGAAAAGCUUUCUUCUCUCACUCUCUUCCUAUUCUAUCCUAGGCUGUUUUCCGCCUUCUGCGAUUUCACGUGCAUCCUUGUUUUCCUUCUCUUUUCUAUUACGCUGCUGCGACGACAAAGACUUUAGAAUCAGUCCCAUUUACCUUUACUUACAGCUCCUAUCGACAUUCGCGAUGGCCACCCUGCAGCAGGUGCGCGAUCAGCUGGCGAAGCUCGUCGCCUUCCGCUCCGUGAGCGCCGACUCGAACCUCGAGCUGAUCGAGUACGUGCGUGCGUACCUGAGCGGGUGCGGUGUGGCGCACGUGACGGUGAUGAAGGCGCAGGACGGGAUCCACGCCAACCUGGUGGCGACGCUGCCGAGUGCGGCCGGCGCGACGGAGGGCGGCCUGAUCCUGAGCGGGCACACGGAUGUUGUGCCUGUGGAGGGGCAGGCGUGGGACAGCGACCCGUUUGUGCUGACGGAGCGGGAGGGCAAGCUGUACGGGCGCGGGUCGUGCGACAUGAAGGCCUUCAUUGCGGUGGUCCUUGCCCUGGUGCCGGAGUGGGUGCGCACGCCGCCGCGCAAGCCGGUGCAGCUGGUGCUGACCUACAACGAGGAGACGAACUUCGGCGGCGUGAACGAUCUAGUGGCGAGCUGCAGCGCUGCGCUGAAGAAGUGCGAGGGCUGCAUCGUGGGUGAGCCGACGAUGCUGGACCUUGUGAUCGCCCACAAAGGCAUCUGCUCCAACUACAUCACGAUGCGCGGCAAGGCGGCGCACUCCUCGCUGCAGACGGCGGGCUACAACGCGAUCGAGCCGGCCGCACAGUUCAUGAACUUUUUGUUUGAGAUGAGGGAACGGUUUGCGCGCGAGGGCCCCUUCGAGGAGGGCUACGCGGUCACGCACACCACUCUCUGCCCUUCGUUCGUGCGCGGCGGCAACGCGAUGAACACGAUCCCCGCGGCGUGCACGGUGGGCUUCGAGUUCCGCAACGUCCAGGCCCACAGCGGUGCCGGCAUCAAGAGGGAAAUCCAUGCGAAGCUGGAUGAGCUGGAGAAGAAGAUCAUGUCCGCUAUGACGUCGUUGGAGGGCGAUGCGGCGGGGGCGAAAGGCUCCUGGAUUGAUCGUAAAGGCAUGCAGGACGUGCAGCCCUUUAGCGGCAAUGACGGUGCAGCGGUGGUCCAGGCGCUCCGCGUGGCGCAUGGUGCGGAGCCGAAGACGCUGAAGGUGUGCUUCUGCACCGAAGCGGGCGAGUACCAGAACCUCGGCGUGAACACCGUCGUGUGCGGUCCCGGCAGCAUUGAGCAGGCGCACAAGGCGAACGAGUUCGUGUCACUGGAGCAGCUGGAGAAGGGGCUGGCGGUGAUCCGCCGUGUGGUGCAGCUGAUGUGCGGCGGCGGUGCCGCGAGCCAGCUGUGA